AUGAGAUGCUACAUUGCAAGCCACCGACUUACAAUCAUCUCCAAGUGUUCGGUUGCUUAUGCUACGCUCAAGUUUGGCCACAACCUCAUGAUAAAUUUGCUGCUCGUACUAUUUGAUGCAUCUUUGUUGGCUAUAUACCGGGUGUUUGACAUAGAAAAACAUCAUAUAUUCACCUCUCGUGAUGUCACAUUCCACGAAAAAGAGUUUCCCUUCCCAGUCCAACAACCGGAUGAGGAUCAUGUGAUAACUCCCAUUGAAUAUGCUGAUGAUCUGCUUUCUCUUGACUCUCAUCCCAAGCCAGUUGUUGCCCAACAUGACCCUAAUAACACAAAUAUUCAUACCUCACCAAAUUUGGACAAUGGACACAAUGUUGUGCCUAAUACAACUGCGGUUAAGCAAUGGGAAUUACAUCAACUUUAUGUCAAUAAUGCCUUUUUACAUGGAGAUCUUCAUGAGGAGGCUUAUCGGCAAUGGUUUGCAAAAUUCACUCAAACCCUCAUUGCCAUUGGAUUUAAACAAUCCAUUGCUAACUAUUUAUUAUUCACCUCUCAACAACAUAACUCUUACAUUGCAGUCCUAGCCUAUGUUGAUGACUUAAUCAUUACCGGAGAUGAUCCAGCCUGCAUCAAAUCCCUCAAAAAUAAUUGUUUCAAGACCAAGGACCUUGGGCCCUUGAGGUUAUUUCUUGGCAUUGAGAUCUCUAAAUCUAAUGAAGGCAUGUUUCUAUGUCAAUACAAGUACAUCAUGGAUAUAUUGACUAAAACUGGAAUGCAAGAUUGCAAACUGUGCUCCACCCCAAUGGAACAACAAAAGCACCUCAUUGGUUACUCCAACUUGCUUUUAUCCGAUCCUGCCCGCUACCGCAAACUGGUAGGUCGUCUUGUUUAUCUUACCAUCACUUGGCCUGAGUUGAGUUUUGAUGUCCACACACUCAGCCAAUUCAUGCAUGAACCACAUCAAGAACACCUUGAUGCUGCUAUUCAGGUGGUACGAUACCUCAAGGAUACUCCAACACAUGGUGUAUUACUAUCUUCAACAAAUGAUUUCAUUCUAAGAGGUUUUUGUGAUUCUGAUUGGGCCAGUUGCCCUCUAACCAGACGUUCUACUACUGGUUAUAUCACCAUGCUAGGGGAAUCUCCAAUAUCGUGGAAAACCAAGAAGCAACAUACAGUUUCUCGAUCCUCUACUGAAGCCGAGUACUGGGCAAUGGCUGUUCUUGCCACUGAACUAUUGUAG